AUCAAUUGUCAAGCAUUACUUGACAUUUUAAAUAACUCUUUUUUGCUGUUGAGGAAUCAAAGUUAUAUUUUCUUUCAGAAUAACUAACAAAGUUUAAAUAUUAAUAAAAUGGCUGAUCCCGAAUUAGAUAAAAUAAGACAGCAACGUUUAGCACAGCUACAGGCUCAACAUGGGGGUGGAGAUCCUAACCAAGCCAAGGCUCAAGAAGAAAGAAUGCAGGCAAUGGAGGAAGCAAAACAUUCAAUUCUCUCACAAGCUUUAAGUCAAGAUGCUCGAGCUAGAUUAAACAUAAUCAAGUUGAGUAAGCCCGAGAAAGCUGCAAUGGUGGAAAAUAUGAUCUGUAGAAUGGCUCAAAUGGGACAAGUAAAUACAAAGAUAUCAGAAAAGGAACUUAUUCAGUUGCUAGAGUCUUUGAACCAACAGAUGCCUAAAUCAAAUAGCACUGUGAAGUUUGAUAGAAGGAGAGCAGCCCUCGACUCCGAUGAUGAUGACUUGUAGUAUUUAUUCAACAGAACUGAAAUAAUAAGACACAUUUAUUCUUGUAUGAUGUGUGCAGUUUGCAAUGCCUACAGCUGAUUGGACUUUUUUAAGAAGUGAUAGAAAAGCAAUAUUUAGAUUCAAACUUAAAAGUCAAACUGUUAUUAAACCAAGACUUAAUAAUUAUGUUACAAGUGCCUUUUUUGAAAUUGAAAUAAACUGGCAAAUUAAUUUGA